CUGUCCAAUCUUUGCUCUUUAUUUCCAAUUCACUCGAAGCGGCUACAUCUUUCUUUAGUGCACUUUUUCCAGAGCCAUUUUUGUGCUUGCGUUCUCCGUGAGAGUGAGAAGGGUCGAAAACGAGUAGCGAUACAAGGUGUAGAGCAGGUUAGCAGCGGCUCUGAGACUUGUUACGUUCCGCCCAUAACACGCCCAUCUUCUCGCAAUAAAUAGCGCCAGUACGACCGAGGAGCCCUCUCCUUUCUCCCCACUCUUACCUGCUCCCAGGACCUAGGUGCCUGGCCUACCCUGCCCGGUGUUAACUGACAAUGGAGACAGAAAUUGAACAGCAAGAAGAAGAUACCUCAUUCAGCAACACAGAAACCAACGGUAAGCGUCCUGCGGAGGACGCCGAUGAGGAGCAGUCAUAUAAGCGCUCCAGAAACACAGAGGACAUGGUGGAGCUCCGCAUACUCCUGCAGAGCAAAAAUGCAGGAGCCGUGAUUGGGAAGGGUGGUAAAAACAUAAAAUCCCUGCGCACAGACUUCAAUGCCAGUGUGUCAGUCCCAGACAGCAGUGGGCCUGAGCGAAUUCUGAGCAUCGGUGCGGAAAUUGAGACCGUUGGAGACAUCCUGCUCAAGAUCAUCCCUACUCUGGAGGAGUACCAACAGUACAAUGGGAUGGACUUUGACUGUGAGCUGAGGCUGCUGAUCCACCAGAGCCUGGCAGGCAGCAUCAUUGGUGUGAAGGGAGCCAAGAUUAAAGAGCUGCGAGAGAACACCCAGACCAACAUCAAGCUGUUCCAGGAGUGCUGUCCCCAGUCCACAGACCGCGUGGUUCUGGUCAGUGGCAAGUCUGAGCGUGUCGUCGAGUGCAUCAAGAUCAUGCUGGAUCUCAUCGCCGAGGCUCCCAUAAAAGGGCGCACCCAGCCCUACGACCCUAACUUCUAUGACGAGACAUAUGACUACGGCGGCUUCACCGUGAUGUUUGAGGAGCGCGGAGGUGUUGGUGGUGGUGGACGGCGCCCCAUGGGAGGCUUCCACAUGCGAGGCGGACGUGGUGGCGGAGGGUUUGACCGGAUGCCCACUGGGCGAGGUGGUCGAGGUGGGCCCAUGCCCCCUGCCCGCAGGGACUAUGAGGAGAUGAGCCCCCGCCGUGGACCCCCACCACCCCACCCAGGAAGAGGGGGAAGGGGAGGGAGCCGUGGCCGCAACCUGCCACUGGCCCCACCACACAGAGGAGGAGAUGACCAUUACUCCUAUGAUUCCUAUCGGGGCAGUGCAGAUGACAGACAAAACAGUGACAGGCGAGGGAGACCAGGAGAUCGCUAUGGUGAUAACAUGGGUGCGGGUGGAUAUGAUAACAGCUCGUCCUGGAACUCCUAUCAGUCUGGUGGACGCGGUUCCUAUAAUGAUAUGGGAGGGCCAGUCAUCACCACACAAGUGACGAUCCCCAAAGACCUGGCCGGCUCCAUCAUCGGUAAGGGAGGCCAGAGGAUCAAGCAGAUCCGGCAUGAGUCUGGCGCCUCCAUUAAGAUCGACGAACCACUGGAGGGUUCAGAAGACCGCAUCAUCACCAUCAGCGGCACCCAGGACCAGAUCCAAAACGCUCAGUACCUAUUGCAGAAUAGCGCACUGCACCUGCUCGGACACCAGGACUAACCCUUGCCUCAGACUACGCCCACAUCCUGUGCCCUCUCUCUCCGUCUCUGACUCUCGUCCCCCUCUCCCACCCCAACCCCUCUUAUCUAUCUUAUCUAUCUAAAUUGACUCAUGUGAAUUCUCUUAUUUUUUCUUUUUACUCUUUAUAUUUCAGUGUGAAGCAGUCCUCUGGUCAUUUCCUCUAAACAAGGAGACUCAGAUUGAAGCAAAUCCCCUGGUUUGUGGGCAUUUUGUUUAUUUUUAUUUUUAAAGGGCAACAUUCCUGUGCUUAAUGUAGACGUUCUGCAUUUUUAGAGUGUAGUUAUCUACUCCAUCUCUUGUAUCUGUAUUUUUAAAACACAUUUGUCUAAAUAUUUGGAGUCUCCUGACAGACUAGUGAACAUGAUGUAUUUUUUUGGAUGGGUUGAUUUCCAUGGUGUGUUUGUCAGUAGAGUAAGCCUGUCCCGUGUGUGUGUGUUCUCUCUGUUGGAGUUUCUCACCCACCCCCUUACUAUCACUCAGUGCAACGUGCAGAAUGUAAGCUUUUUUUGUUGUUGUGGUAAGGAACAUUUUAUGAUUUUUUAAAAAAUAAUAAUAAAUGUAGGAAAUUGAA